UCGACUCCGUCCGCACUCAUCGCGCCACCUAUGUUCCGCACAUUCUACCAGGACAGCGCACUGGCCUAAUUUUCUUGUCAUGUCUACCUCUCUUCUCGCUGAUCCUCGCGUCUUGACCAGGAUUGGCGAACACCUCGGCCGCGCUGACCUUUGUUCCCUGCUUCUGGUCAACAAGCUCACCAACACGACUCUCACACCAACGCUCUACUCCGACAUAGACCUCGUUGAGUGUUCGGCGACGUUGAAAUGUGUCAAAACACUUGCGGCCGCCCCCGGAACACGCGCAUUCAGUCGAGACCUCCCCGCGCUCGUGAACGCCUUUGUCCUCCACGUCCCGGCGGACGACCUACCCUGGGAUGCCGACUCGAAAUUAUUUGGAACGACCAUGCUGACCUGCAUCUUCCGCAUGGUCAACCUCCGCAAAUUUGCGUCCCCGAUUCCGCUCCCCUUCGCGCCCACCAUCCUGUCCAUGGUCGUCUCCGGCUCGCGGCCCAAGCUCCAGUCCAUCCAGCUCGUCGUCCCCAAGGCGAAAGGCUCCCAGCUCGCGCGUGUCCGCCCGACCACUGACCACUCCAAGCUCCCCCUACUGCGCACCUUCAAGCUCGACGUGUGGCAGCCCUUCGACCCGACCCUUGCCCGCGGCAUCCAGAGCCUGCUGCGCCUGCGCGCGAACACGCUCCGCGCGCUCUCCCUCACGACGUCGCUCGCCACCUCCGGGAGCCCGAACAUCGUGGGCCCGCUUCUCCCCUCGGACGUGGCGUUCACCGCGCUAGAGGAGCUCGAGAUCGAGCUGACCGCGCUCUCGCACCCCUCGCUGCAGCACACCGCCGCGAUCCGGGCGCUCAGCAUCCCCGGCAGCCUCAUGGACGAGGACGAGAUCGACUUACACGACCGGCUGCACCACGCGUUCCCGGUGCUCGAGUCGCUCGCGGCCCCGAACUCGAUCGUGUCCGAGUUCUUCCCGGAGGACACCCGGCAUCGGAGGCCGAUCCACACGCUGCGCCUCAAUGGGGCGUCGUACGGGAUGGGCAGCCUCGACUAUGCGGGCGACGAGAGCGAGUGGUACGACCUGGAGGAGAUCCUGCCUCUGUUGCGCUAUUCGGCUGUUCCAAUCAGAGACUUGAGCUUCGCGGUAGUGGACCUCCCGCUCGAGGACCUGCCGCUGGUCGUGCCGCACCUGGUCACGUUGCACCGGCUUGUCGUCGUGUUCUCGGACGACUUCGAGGCGGACGCUGCGGAUUACCUCUCGGAGCUGGGACAGGUGUUGAUUGCGCACUUGCCGGAAUUGCACACGUUCCUUAUGUCGGACAUGCCCGUCCGGGUCCAGCACGAGGAUAACGGGUUCGAGCAUGCGCAGGACCUUCCGCUUCAGAGGAAGAUACUGGCGGAAUGGGAGAGCUAUUCGUCGGCUCUGCGUAAGGUCGCGUUCACGUCGGAGUUUGGGUGGGAGAAGAAGGGUGAUCAGUGGUUCCCAGCGUCCCCGGCGAGCUUCGUAUAAUGGUCGUGCUAUCUGUUUUGUGCUUUGUAGAGAAUGUUAAUGUUGCAAGGAUUUGGAUCUCUUCUGUGUACGCCGCGCUUCCGGCUGGUAUUCCUUAAUUGUAAGGGUAUUUGAUGGUAUCGGACGAUACAAAU